AUGACAAUUUUCAACGGAAUCGCUCUUAUAAAAGUUGUAGAGGCUCGUGAUCUCCGACCUACCGAAUGGUCGAAAAGAUUUGCAACCAAUUCAAAAGAGACAGCAUUAUUGGAUGUGUAUGUAAAUGUUGAUUGUGAUGAGAAUCAUAUCGGAGAAACAUUGACCCGUCCGAAGACUUCCAUGCCUGUUUGGAAUGAGAAUUAUGAGACUGAAGUUCAUGAUGGUCAUGAGCUUGAAUUCACAGUGUUUCAUGAUUGCGCCUUACCUCCUGAUGAUUUUGUGGCUAACUGUCGUAUACAAUUCGAGGAUCUCAAAAUUGGAACAAAGAAUGAUGUCUGGAUUGAUCUGGAACCGCAUGGAAAACUUCAUUUGCUUAUCGAAUUGCGAGGUUCACUAAGUGAAGAGGUGCCUAAAAAUAAUGUUGGUAAGGGAGAGCGGGUUUUUCGGGAACGCACCGAUGCAUUUAACAGUCGACUACGGCGAGGUGCAAUGCGCCGAAAAAUUCAUGAGGUUACGGGGCACAAAUUUCUGGCCUUGUUUUUACGACAGCCAACUUUUUGUGCCCAUUGUAAAGAUUUUAUUUGGGGGAUUGGCAAACAAGGCUACCAAUGCCAAAUAUGCACAGUAGUUGUACACAAGCGAUGUCAUGAGCAGGUGAUAUGGAAAUGUCCCGGAAGUCGGAUUAAUGCCAUCGAUGAAUUACAAACUGAAGCAGCUAAGCAGGGCCUUGGCCGAUUCAACAUUAACAUGCCGCAUCGUUUCACAGUUCACAGUUAUAAGCGACCAACAUUUUGUGAUCAUUGUGGCUCGAUGCUCUAUGGCUUGAUCAAUCAAGGAUUACAAUGUUCUGUCUGUAAACUUAAUGUACACAAACGUUGUCAACGUAAUGUCGCCAAUAACUGUGGCAUCAAUGCGAAACAGAUGGCAUUGGAACUUGCUCAACUCGGUUUAACGGGUGAUAAAAUGUCAAUUCGGUGUAAAAAAAAACCAUCGAUAAUGUCUGAGGAUGUUUGCAAUGAGCCGAAUGCACUAUUAGCAUCAGCACUUCCAACUACUACUUCAAUGACUCAAAUAGUUUUCAAAGCUGAUAUUGAAAAAGAUGAAAUAUCGCAAGAUCAAAUUAGUGAUAGAAAAUCAAGCGACAAUUCAACUAUUUCCUCAAAAACAACCGCUGUAACUAUCAAUGAUUUUACUUUUAUCAAAGUUCUUGGCAAAGGAUCAUUUGGGAAGGUAAUGCUAGCGGAGCAUAAAAGCACCGAUGAAAUAUAUGCAGUAAAAAUAUUAAAAAAAGACGUGAUAUUGCAAGACGACGAUGUUGAGUGUACUAUGUGCGAGAAAAGAAUUUUAUCCUUGGCAGCGAAACAUCCAUUUCUUACGGCGAUACAUUCUUGUUUUCAAACUAUCGAUCGGCUGUUUUUUGUAAUGGAAUAUGUGAAUGGCGGUGAUUUGAUGUUUCAAAUACAAAGGGCACGAAAAUUCGAUGAACCACGUGCUCGUUUUUACGCUGCCGAAGUUACCUGUGCAUUACAAUUUUUGCACCGUAAUGCUGUUAUUUAUCGUGACCUUAAACUCGAUAACAUUCUUCUGGAUGCAGAAGGACACUGCCGAUUAGCGGAUUUCGGAAUGUGUAAAGAAGGCAUUACUAAUUCCAAACUUACUUCAACAUUUUGUGGCACACCGGACUAUAUUGCCCCAGAGAUAUUGGAAGAAAUGGAAUAUGGUGUAUCAGUAGAUUGGUGGGCGCUAGGUGUUUUCAUGUAUGAAAUGAUGGCUGGACAACCACCAUUUGAAGCUAAUAAUGAAGAUGAACUCUUUGAAGCUAUCUUGCACGAUGACGUCCUUUAUCCCAUAUGGCUUUCCAAGGAAGCAGUCAACAUUUUAAAAGCAUUAAUGACGAAAAAUCCUUUGAAACGAUUGGGUUGUAUGCAAUCACAAGGCGGUGAAGAUGCAAUUCGUUCGCACCCUUUUUUUUGGGAUAUUGAUUGGGAAGCACUUGAGACACGACGAGUCAAACCACCUUUCAAGCCUAAAAUUAAAUCAAAACGUGAUACAAGUAAUUUCGAUACUGAUUUUACGAAGGAAGAGCCAAUACUUACACCAACCGAACCGGCCGUUUUCAGGACAAUAAAUCAAGAGGAAUUCCAUAACUUUUCAUUUGUAAAUCCUGAUUUCACACUUAACUAUUGA